GAAGCUGUUAAUGGUGGAGGAUGUGUGUGGGCAGGGGUAGAGGGGUUCAGCUCCUAGCAGAGGGUUGGCUGGGUUUUAUUUUUCCUCCUCUUAUUUGAAUGUGCGUCUGUCCCUCCGGCUUAUUUUAGCAACCCCCCCCCUUCCCCCUCCCCGCUUGGGAAUAACCCGCUCGCUCGGGGGCCAGCUACAUUUGACGUCAGGCUGGCGUUCGUAGUUUUGACGUGUAAACACUCGGUUCCAGCCCGGCGCGGGAGAGGGUUUGGGCGCCGUUCAGCCCCGCGCCAGAGCCGUGGCGCGCUUGGCUGGGAGACGCUGCGCCCUCCAGCCUGCCGGGUGUCCGCAUAGCAACCAGGAGCGAAAGGGCUGCAGCCGGGGCGAUCGAUCCGCCGCCUGGUCCCCCCCUCCCCGCGUUUCUUUGAUUUCCCGCGUCCCUCGCCGGGCCAUGGACGGGAGGCGACGGGUGGCUCUGGCUCUCCUCUGCGCCUGGUGCGCGGCUGCCAGCCUGGCCGGCGCGGAGAAGCAGUUCGUCAAUGAAUGGGCGGCGGAGAUCCCCGGCGGUCCGGCGGCAGCCCAGGCCAUAGCCGAGGAGCUGGAGUACGAGCUGCUGGGCCAGAUUGGAUCACUCGAAAAUCACUAUCUAUUCAGACACAGAAGCCAUCCAAGAAGAUCUCGAAGAAGUGCCAUUCAUAUCACUAAGAGACUCUCCGAUGAUCAUCGUGUGUCAUGGGCAGAGCAACAAUAUGAAAAAAAGCGAACUAAGCGUUCAGCCUUGAGAGACUCAGCAGAAAACCUUUUCAACGAUCCUAUGUGGAAUCAGCAGUGGUACCUGCAAGAUACAAGGGUGACUCCAUCUCUGCCAAAACUGGAUCUCCAUGUUAUUCCUGUAUGGCAAAAAGGGAUUACAGGCAAAAGCGUUGUUAUAACAGUGCUCGAUGAUGGCUUGGAGUGGAAUCACACUGACAUAUAUAAUAACUAUGAUCCCGAGGCAAGUUAUGAUUUCAAUGACAAUGAUCACGAUCCCUUUCCCAGAUAUGAUCCAACAAAUGAAAACAAACAUGGAACACGAUGUGCAGGAGAAAUUGCCAUGCAGGCCAAUAACAAGAAAUGUGGUGUUGGUGUGGCAUACAAUUCCAGAGUUGGAGGUAUAAGAAUGCUGGAUGGAAUAGUCACUGAUGCAAUUGAAGCCAGUUCAAUUGGUUUUAAUCCAGAACAUGUGGAUAUUUACAGUGCAAGCUGGGGCCCUAAUGAUGAUGGUAAAACUGUAGAGGGACCUGGCAGGCUAGCACAGAAGGCUUUUGAACAUGGGAUCAAACAGGGCCGAAAUGGAAAAGGUUCAAUUUUUGUAUGGGCUUCUGGGAAUGGUGGUCGUCAGGGUGAUAAUUGUGACUGUGAUGGUUACACAGAUAGUAUCUACACUAUAUCCAUCAGCAGUGCUUCUCAACAAGGUCUUUCUCCCUGGUAUGCAGAGAAGUGCUCCUCGACACUGGCCACAGCCUACAGCAGUGGGGAUUAUACUGACCAGAGAAUUACAAGUGCUGAUCUUCACAACGAAUGUACUGAGACUCACACUGGGACCUCUGCAUCUGCUCCAUUGGCAGCAGGGAUUUUUGCUCUAGCUCUUGAUGCAAAUCCUAAUCUAACCUGGAGGGAUAUGCAGCAUUUGGUAGUCUGGACUUCAGAAUAUGACCCACUGGCCAACAAUCCUGGAUGGAAGAAGAAUGGAGCAGGGUUGAUGGUGAAUAGCAGAUUUGGAUUUGGAUUGCUUAAUGCCAAGGCACUGGUGGAUUUAGCUGAUCCUAAAAUCUGGAAAGGAGCACCUGAAAAGAAAGAGUGUAUAGUAAAGGACAACAGCUUUGAACCUAGGUUAUUAAGAGCAAACGGAGAAGUAACCAUUGAAAUUCCCACAAAAGCUUGUGAAGGGCAAGAAAAUUCUGUCACGUCUCUGGAGCAUGUGCAGUUUGAAGCAACAAUUGAAUAUUCCCGCAGAGGUGAUCUUCAUGUCACCCUCACUUCCCCAUCAGGAACCAACACUGUCUUACUGGCUGAAAGAGAGAGAGAUAAGUCUCCCAAUGGUUUUAAAAACUGGGACUUCAUGUCUGUUCACACAUGGGGAGAGAAUCCAAAAGGCACUUGGACUUUGAGAAUUACUGAUGUGUCUAGGAGAAUGCAGAAUGAAGGGAGAAUUGUGAAUUGGAAAUUGAUUUUGCAUGGCACUUCUACUCAACCUGAACACAUGAAGCAGCCUCGUGUAUACACAUCCUACAAUGCAGUGCAAAAUGACAGAAGAGGAGUGGAGAAGAUGGCAGACUUUGUAGAGGAUCCUACCACACAAGAGAACCUGAGUGCAAAACCCAAGGUCACCGAAGGUACCAGCAGCAGCACUGAUAAAAUGGGAGACAAAAUCCUGUCAGAGGCAAUGCUUCGUCUAUUGCAAAGUGCUUUUAGCCGGCACAUGGCCCAGAAUCGAGCACCAAAGAAGACUCCAAAUGAAAAGUUAAAUAUUCCAUAUGAACAUUUCUAUCAAGCCCUUGAAAAAUUAAACAAACCCUCCCAGUUAAAAGACUCUGAGGACACUCUGUACAGUGACUACAUUGACCUUUUUUACAAUGCCAAACCAUACAAACAUAGAGAUGAUAGACUGCUGCAAGCCUUGGUUGAUAUUCUGAAUGAAGACAACUAAAAUGUAGGGUAUGGCACUGAGUUGGAAAUAUUCAUGCUCCCCACCCCCACUGCCCUUUUCUGAAGUAUAUUCUACACUUUACUCAUGUGAUUACUACUUUGAUUGCUUCAUACUUAACCAGGAUGUGAAGCAGGGUGGGAAACAGAUAGGAAGUGUAAUUUGUUCAUGGCGAGGCACUAAGCUGAAGGGUAUAAGUGAUCGCUCUAUUACAGGGGUUCUCAAACUUCACUGCACCACAACCCCCUUCUAACAACAAAAAUCACUACAUGACCCCAAGAGGGGGGACCAAAGCCUUAGCCCAUCCGAGCCCCACUGCCCCGGGCGGGUGGGGGGUGGGGAAAGCCAAAGCCCGAGCCCCACUGCCCCAGGUGGGGGGCACGGGCAAAGCCCAAGGACUUCAGCCCCAGGCAGGUAGCCUAUAACUAAGCCCCACCACCCAGGGCUGAAGCCCUCAGGCUUCGACUUCAGCCCCUGGUCCCAGCAAGUCUAACGCCAGGCCUGGUGACCCCAUUAAAAUGGGGUCCCGACCCACAGUUUGAGAACCACUGCUCUAUUCAAAUCUUGUCUUCAUUAUCACCAAAAGAGGUAGUUUCUUCCUUCUGGCAUGAAAUGCAACUAUAUUCCUCUGAAAACACUACAGCUCCACUUCAAACCCUUUUUCCUUUCCCUGUUGUUUUCCACUUGAUUCCUUUAGCAGGCCGUGGUUUUGAACAGGACUGCCAGUGCUACGCGAACUGUCAAGGAAUGGGGGAAUACCAUCUUCCCUUGUAGUGAGCAUAUCAGUUCUUCUUAUACCUGGUAUUCUCAUAAGACUUAAUGCUGGCUGCAAAUUCUGUCUCAGUGCAAAUUCUAGAGCAGAGAGGAAGCUUGCAAUGGGUUUGAGCUUUGCAGACAGUUAUAAAUCAAGAGAAUUCAGUUUAACUAUUCCUUAUGAUCCAUGGCUGGAAGAAAGUAUUGGACUUGAUUCUUAUGACACACCAGGGAGUUACUCCUGAUUUACACUAAUCCAGAGUCACACUGGUGUAAAAGAGCUUGGCAUCAAUAACUACAGUGUUGGAAAUAUUGCACAAAAGCCUGUGACCAGCUUGUCUUCUCCCUAAUCUCACUGUGGCCUAGGGAAAGGACUUCUAUCCAUAGAGAACACGGCAACACUGGAUGUGGGCAUGCCAAUGGCUGAUUGCAACAUUUCUUAAAUCUUUCGGAGAGGUGAGGGGCAAAUGGAGAGAGAGAGGAAAACAAGAUAGGAAGAAAUCGUAUGGGCCUGAAAAAGGAAGGAAAGAAUAGGUAAGAGGGGAAAAAAGGAUGAAAUGGAAUGUGAGUAAAGAGGAGGCAGCAGUCAAAGACAAGGAAGAGAAAAAUGAAAGGUCAGAAGUCAGAAAAGAAAAGAGAGGAGGGAGAGAGAGAUGGAGGGAAGUCCCUCAGAAUGGUUCCAGCAGCUCUUGUCAAAUAAAGUGCUGCAUCCAGAAGAUCUGAUUCAAACUGGGAGGACUGGCUGAGUGGAGUGGUCAGAUCACCUUAUCUAAUGUAGGAAGACAUAAUCUGGGACAAAAUGGCUGAGGGAUGGUGGAUGUCAGAGUAGCAAUGUUUCACACAUUUAUUUUAAUUGAAAUCAAAAUGGGUACAGGGGUGCUGGAGCUAGGGGUAUGGAGUGGCUUCCAUCAUAUACAGAGUUUACAGUUUUGUUCAGUGGCUUUCAGCACCCCCACUAUACAAAUUGUUCCAGUGUCCCGGAUGGGUAUAUGAUUUAUUACUCAUAGGGUCAAAAAAUAGCACACAGCUGAAUAUCCUGCUAAAAAAUUGAGGGAACCCUGGGCAGGGGAAUACAAAGUCUCUAAAUGAAAUGGAAAAUGCAGUGUUUCUCUACAAUGCCAAAGAUACUUGAAUAGAUAUUGACUAGAUUUUACAUCAUCUAUCUAUCUAUCUAUAGUUUCCAAACAGCUUUUAGAAAUACUUGUCACUGUUUCAGUAUCUCCAUUUCAUAAAUGAUGCUGGUAUCUCUCAAACUAAGAGCUUAACAUUUUGCUAAUACUUCAUCAAAUUGGACACAGACUUUCAAAGCUGUUGUGAAAUUCUGUUAUUUAAAACAAAACCUGGUUACUCUCAUAGUAACAACUGUUAAAUUAACCAAUAAAAAAUAGCAGGAUUUCUUUUAUAACAACUUUGAAAAUCUCUGAUUUCUCAUUCAUUCCAGUAGUAGUAUACAUUUCUAGGGCCUAAUUCUGCAUGAAGCCAGCUUUACACUAAUGCAACUCAAUUGAUGUAAGGAAUUUCUCCUGAUUUACACCAGCAUGAGUGAAAGGAGAAUCAUAUUCUACCCACUUCUCAAGGUUGUGACUUCCUGUUUGAUUUGUCUCUUGUUACUAAAUCUCCUCUUCUCUCUGUGCUAAUUUGUAACAUUUUCUUUAGCAUGGAAAGCAGUCAAAAUAUUGAAAUGGUCCAAACCAAAAAGCAUUCUCAUGAUGUUCCUUAAUUCUACUAGCAUUUAGAGAGACAGGCAGUUCAGAGACGACUGGCCUUGACUAAUUUGAGAGGUAGCACUGGGCAGGAGGAAGUGCAGGACAAUUUCCACUCACAUUUUAAUUUUCAGAACUGGGAGCUACCCUGUCAAGAACACAACACUGUUAGGAUGUGUGUACAGCUGAAUGAAUAACUGAUUUUCUGAUGCACUGGCAAUUCCAAAAAUGUUUUAAUUUUAUUUUCCGGUUGGCCUCAAACCAAAAUCUUUCAAAAAUUCAUUAAAUCCAAAAGUGAAAAAAUUGUUUUGGGUCAGACAUUUUGUUUGACUCAAAAGGAAAUGUUUCAUUUCAAUUUCAAGUAGUUUUGUUUUUUAAAAAAAAGUGAAGGAAAUUUCAAAUCAAAAAGGCGCUUCAAAUCGAAAAUCAAAAUGUUUCAUUUAAAAAAUGUCCAAAUGACAUUUUCAGAAAUUUUCUUUUUUUAUAUAUGAACAGUUAAGAUAAAAUGGACACAAAUUUGCUAAAUGUUUUGGUGUCACCAAAUCUGCAUUUUUUGCCAGACAAAAUUUCAGGUGCAAAAUUUCACCUAGCUCUUGUUGUAUCAGUCCAGCUCUAUUGUUGUGUCAAGAUUUUUAGAGGCUGCUUUCUUCAAUGAACAGCAGUAACCACUAGUCCUCGCUGUCAGUGAAAAUGAUUACUGCUUACCUUUGGUAGCAGCAGCAGCAACAAUGGCCAGUCCGUGAAUGCAGUGCUCGUGUUAACCAUGUGGAAUAGACAUGACUCUUCCUUUGUUUAAGUCCAGUCCUCAUGCUGUAGCCAAAGUUUCAUCAGAGACCAGCUUUAAAACUAACCUGCUGAAAAUCUGUCUCUUGAAUCUUUCCAACCCAGAGUAUAUUGUACAGACGUAAAUUAUUUUUGUUAGUCUUUUCUUGGUGCCUGUGUAGGUUUUGUGAAAAUGUAAAAGGAAAAAAAAAGACUAAAAUGUUUUCUCUCAGAAUUUUAAAUUAUAUUUUCUUUACAGGUAUUUAUAAUAUAUCAAAGCUUUUAUCAAACAGACAGAAUUUUAAAAGGCAUAAUAAAAUAUAUUAAAGCACCAGAUUUUUCUUGAGAAAGAGACAAUUUCAUCCAAUAAAGUAUUUUUAAAAGGCAUGUUCCAAUUACAGCUGCAACAUGUAUGUGAUGUGAUGUUAAAAUUACAUUUGUCUAAUAAUAGCAUAAUACAGUAUGUUAGCAGAGCCCAGAGUGUGUGGUCUUAACAUUUUUGAAGAAAAGACAAAGGCAGGUUAUGGAUUCGUUUGGUUGGGAAAUAUGAAAUGUAAUUAGAGUUACAAAGGAUGAGUGGCCUGAUCCCUGAGAGAGGGGCAGCAGGAGAGAGAAGAUAAUAUAUAUUUUGUUGUAUACAGAGAGUUUACAAAGGAUUUCUCUGGCAAUGCACAAGAUGAUACUGUGGGCCUGAUCUUUCACCAUUCAAGGCAAAGAGAGUUUUGCCAUUGACUUCAGUGACAGCAGAUCAGUCCCUGUGGGUCUGAAAUAUAAAAGCAUUCUGUCUGCCUGUGAUCACUAACAGAAGCUUGUGUGUCACAUGUACCAGCUUUAUAAUGAAGUGACACACGAGCAUAGAGAUCUUGAUUUUUCCACUCCCUUGCAUCAGAAUAGCAACAUUUAACAUCUGUUUUGCAAAGGCGGUAAAGAACAACCCCAGGUACCAGGCAAGGGAGCAUCAGGCCCUUAUACAGUCUCACAGUAAAUUGUCCAUGGACAAUUUUCUUUGAAAAGGGGAACUCUUGGCUGGUGUAAGUCUGAUGGAGAUUUAGGGUCAUGGCAAGGAAGGGCAGGGCAGGGGAGCCAGGGGCUGGACAGGGACACGGUGGAGGGCAAUUCUGCUAUAUCAAUCCUCCACUGACAUACAGCUCAUUAGGAACCAUAUACUAGUUAUUCAAUUUAGAGCACACCGUAGGCUGUUCUUAUGUUAGCACCAAACCAGCUCAGGGUCAGGAAGAUGUAACUGGCUCCAUAAAGUGUCCCCCAUCCACUCACUACUGCACCAGUAGUUCUCGUGCACAGGGGAAAAUUGAGCCUUUAAAUGUUAGCGUUCUAAAUUUAAGCUAGGUGGAAAGGCUUAAAGUUCUACUGUGUGUUGCCUUAUAUACAGCUGGUAGGCUUACAGAAAUGAUAUUUGAGUGUUCGUUUCUGUGUGACUAGGAAUAGAAGGAGGCAGCUGGUGAAUCAUUACAACUCAUAGAUUUCUGUUGGAACAGCAAACUAAAAUCUCCCAGUGCCAUUUUUCUAACAUUACAGACUUUAGGAAGCAAUAGGCUCCUAAAAAGUAGGCUCCUAAAGUCUGCAGUGUUCAGCUUUGAAAAUAAAUUUAAAUGAAAACAUUUUAGGAAAACCUUUUCCAAUCAUUUCAGAAGCAUUAUUAUGAUUGGGGGAGUCUAAAUCAACUAAGUCCUUACCUUACCAUACCUUACCUUACCUACAACAUACUUGCAUAGUUAAAACCUUGCUAGACAAUCAGAUGUGUCCUUUUAUAAUGCCCAUUUUAUCCUGAGACCUGUGGAUAUAUCCAGCCUCAUGAAAUGAGAACUCACCAGCUACUCAUUCAAAUAAAUGGCAUUCUGGAGAGCUCCAACCAUGGAGAAUGUAUAUUUUCCCUUGAAUCAACUCAACCAUUAAUGGUUCAGUUCACAGAUUGAAAAGACUCAAGCUUCCAUCCCAUUAGGCAUAAAUAUAAAUUAUUUAAGCAAACACUUUGCGAGCCUAAUGACAGGCACUUAUUAAAAAUAUCAUUUUGUUGUAUUGUCACAAUUUAUGAGAAAAUGUGAAACAAUAAAGGAUGGAAGUUUUGCUUCAAACUCAAUGAAUACCAAAUGUAAAAAUGUAAGCCAAGCACUGUCAAGUUCCAUUAAUAUAACAGAGGAAAAUAGAAAGAUGGUGUAUAAAGGAAUAGAUAGUUAUCAGGAAAAUAGCUCUUAAUGGUUAUACUAUUCCAGCUAUUUAGAUCUCUAUGACCGCAUGUAGCAGAGAGUAAAUCUUUUUCCUGUUGUGACAUUCUUUACCAAGAAUAAAUGGAUUUGCUGUUA